CAUUAUUAUUUGAUAAAUCUUCCACCGUUAAGUAGUUGAAUUAAUUUUCUUUUUAUUUAAUUACACUACGAUGUUAUUUUCAUAUUCUUGAUUUUUAUUCUUUGUCCAUAUUUGAAAUUUAUGAUAAGCUGCUUUAAAUAAUUUAUCAAUAUUUCUUAAACGGUGAAAUUAAUAUUGCCAUUCGUUCUUGCUUCUUACUAUCUUACCAUAACAAGAAUAUGAUGCUGUAUAGAAAAUAUUUGUAUAAACCACUUCGUAUUCGUGUGCGAUUUUUACAUUCUGAAGUUUUUAAAAAUAUUCCUAAGAAAAAAAUUUCUUCUGCGCCUAUUUUUAGUUUAGCCAAACAAUGGCCUAACAAAAUAGCAAUUGUAGAUAAAUUUGGAGAACAUACAUAUUCAUCCAUUUACAACAGUAGUGUUACUUUGUCAAAAGUGUUAGAAAAUUAUUUGCAUGGAGAAACACAAGAAUGUGUUGCUUUGUUUUGUCCUAAUGAUGCUUCUUAUGUUGUUGCUCAAUGGGCUUCAUGGAUGAGUGGUCAAAUAGUUGUUCCUUUAAGUCCAUUUCAUCCAGAAUCUAUGCUUGAAUAUUUUUUGAAUGAUAGUGGGGCUAAAGUUAUAUUGACUACUGCAGAACUUGAAAAAAGUAUCCAACCCUUAGUUAAAAAACUCAAACAAAAACAUUUUGUGUUAGAAGAUUAUGUUACUUUAAAUUAUAAACCACUUGGGAAAACUUCUUUUGAAAAAAACAACGAAGUUGAAUUGUUUGAGCAAAAUAAUAUUAUAAAUGAUAAUCAAUUUUUUGAUUCAGAUGCUGUUAUAAUUUACACAUCUGGUUCAACAGGCCCACCUAAAGGUGUAUUAUUAAGUCAUAGGAACUUAAAUUCUCAGAUUAACAGCUUAACAUCAUCAUGGGGUUGGACUAAUAAGGAUGUUAUUUUACAUGCUCUACCAUUGUAUCAUAUUCAUGGAAUUGUAAAUGUUUUAAUGUGUUCUCUUUAUUCUGGUGCCAAAUGUGUAAUGUUACCAAAAUUUAAUGCUAAUGAUGUAUGGACUUGGUUGUUAGCCAUUGAUCAGUACUAUGGAUAUCGAGUUAAUAUGUUUAUGGGUGUACCUACUAUGUAUGUAAAACUUAUUGAAAAUUAUGAAAAAAUGUUUGAAAAAAAUGAUAGAAUGGUAGAAUACAUAAAAGCUGUUUGUUCACAAAAAAUUAGAUUAAUGGUUAGUGGAUCUGCACCAUUACCUAGUACUAUUUUCAAUCGCUGGGAACAAAUAACAGGUCACAAAUUAUUAGAACGUUAUGGUAUGAGUGAAAUAGGAAUGGCUCUUUCAAAUCCUUUAAAUGGCGAAAGAAUACCAGGAUUUGUAGGUUGGCCUUUGCCCGGAGUUAGUGUUCGACUUGUUAAAGAUGAUAAGGUCUUAGUUGAAGGGAAUUCUAUUGAUACAAAAGUAAUUAAUACUGAAGCCAAAGAAAAAACUGGAGGAUAUAUUGGUAGUUUACAAAUAAAAGGUGAUAAUGUUUUUAAAAGUUACUGGUGUAAACCUGAAUCAACAAAAAAAGAAUUUACUGAAGAUGGAUGGUUUAAAACAGGAGAUACAGCAGAGUAUGUCAAUAAUAACUAUAAAAUAUUAGGCCGUACAUCAAUAGACAUUAUUAAAACUGGAGGUUAUAAAGUGAGUGCUCUAUUUAUAGAGACAAUUAUGUUACAAAAUAAACUAAUUGACGAUAUAGCUGUGAUCGGAUUGCCUGAUAGUACUUGGGGUCAAAGAAUAGCUGCUUUAAUUGUAGUAAACAAAGAUUCUAAAGAAAUUGAUGGAAAAAAAAUCAUUAAAGAAUUAAAAUUGUGGGCUGAAUCUGUUUUACCUUCAUACAGUAUACCUACAGUAAUCAAAGUUGUUGAUCAAAUACAAAGAAAUGCUAUGGGUAAAGUUGAUAAAAAGUCAUUAUUGAAAACAUCAUUUAAAGAAUACCUUGAAAAUGUAUAAUUUAAUCUGCAUACUAUAUUUAUUAAAACAUAUUUUUAUAAACUACAUAAAAUGUCUAAGACUGCAACUUUUUAUUUAUUUUUUUAAUUUUAUCUAAUUACUUGUUCAAACAAAAAUUUUAUAUAGACUGUUAUUUAACAAAACUGUUGAAAUAUUAUUAUAUUGUUAAUUAAAUAAAAACAUAAUUAACAUUUUA